AUGACUACCGAAGGAGUUUCUGUGCAAAACCCUAUCCCAGCUCCAGCUUCCACCAGCGAACCCUCUCAGCCGGUUCAAAGCGUCGUACAUCCGAGCCAGACGGAAAGUGAACUACUCUCUGGUGAAAAUGCCAAGGCAGGUGCGAAUGUCGACAGUCUAGAGGCCCCUACUACCAAACCAUCGGUGGCACCACCUACAGAAUCUAGUAUUGGCCGAGCAGUUGCAUCCUCGGAGCCCGAAGCGCCAGUGGACGCCCAGGUACAGGUAUCCAAGGCCCAGACCCAGGGGCAAAUUCAAAACGAAGAAACGAAGGAGGAGCCUCAAACUGGCGAGAAACGUGAUCUUGACUCAACUACGACACCGGCCUCAGUCCCAACUGCAGCCUCGGUCACCGAAGACAAGAAAGAACCAGCAUCCGAAGCAACAGAAGAACCCGAGGCCAAGAAACAAAAGCUAGAUGUGAACGCCGCACCAGCUUCCGAUGCCAAUGAACCUGCAGAGUCGAGCCCGGUCGCCCCUGCUACGACAACUGCCACCCAGGAUACCAAUGGCGACUCGAAGAAAGCAGGACGUCCUAAGAAAGAGAAAGUGAAAGAGGCAAUCAAGAAAGUGAUCCCAGGUGAUGGAAUCGGAAGCCGCACUCGUAGCCGAACCAAGGCUACCUAA